AUGGCUUUACCAUGGCAUAUACCUUUGGAAGCUGCACCAUCUCUUCAAGAGAAGCCUGCUCCACCACAACCGACACUGCUAAAACAUUAUUGCAAUUUAGAUAUAAAUGAUAAUCCAUGUGAAGAACUUCAAACUGGCCUUAUGUGUGAUAUAGGCACUAGUAAUCGAGACUCAGCCACGAUCCAACGAUUAAUUGCUUCUGGCAUGACGGUAGCUCGACUAAAUCUUCGGGAUUUAGAACCAGAUGCAUGUGCACAGCUUGUUCAGAGCAUAAGGCAAGCUGUCUAUAAUUAUAGUGCAGAACUAGAAUAUUUAUAUCCUCUAGCUCUUAUAGUAGAUGUUAAAGGACCAGAUAUUGUAACUGGGGAUCUUAAAGCUGGCCCAAAAGCCACCAUAGAAAUUCUUGUUAAUAAUCUUAUAAGAUUAACAACUGAUGCUAGUUGGAGAGAGAGUGGCACUGCUGAUUGUUUGUAUGUUGGCUACGAUCAUUUAACUGAUUUGCAAAAAGGUGACAUAAUAUUUAUUGAUAGUCUUACACCUGGAAAAAUAAGACUAGUUAUUUCUGAAGUUGGCGAUGAUUCAAUAGAGUGCAUUGUCGCUGAAGGAGGAACUAUUGGACCAAAAAUGACUGUCAGAAUUUCUCAUGUGCCUCAUGAUCUGGAUGGUGGAGAUGGUCGUGGUGAUAGUGCAGACUCUUUAUCCUGUAGUAACUCUUCACAAGACCCUUUCGAAUAUAUGGAACAACAAAUAGCUUGGGCAGUUGCUUCUGACGUUGAUGCUGUACUGGUUCCUAACACACAGAAUAGAAAUGAUAUUCAUUCAGUUAAAGAAAUUCUUUCAGAUAAAGGAAAACAUAUUCUCGUGUUUGCAUGUUUAGAAACUACUUUGGGAUUACAAAACAUUGACGACAUUUUAAUUGAAGCCGAUGGCAUUUAUGUAGACCGUUGUAUUUUGAGUACCGAUUUGCCUGUUGAAAAAAUAUUUAUAGCUCAAAAAAUUAUCUUAUCAAAAUGUAAUGCUGUCGGUAAACCCUGUUUGUGUAAAGCUGUUAUAAAUGAACAGAUCCCUACGCUAUGCGUUACUGAUAUUGCCAAUCUCGUUCUUGAUGGUGCAGACGUCUUGUCGCUAGAAUUACACUAUGACUCGCCUUUGAAGAAAUUUGCACCUUCUUAUGAUGCUGUUCGCAUGGCAGAACACUGUUUAGCUGCUGCUGCUGUUAUUUGCAGGCAUGCAGAGAGAAUUAAGUGGCAACAACAAAUAUACGGGAAUUUAGAAUUAAUGCAAAGUCCUCUAGAAGAACCAACUAAAGCAUUGUGUGUUGGAGCUGUUGAACUAGCUACGCGAUCUCGAGCCACUGUAAUUAUUUGUCUGACCAAUUCUGGACGUACUGCUAAAAUUAUUUCACACGCAAGACCAGCUUGUCCUAUAGUUGCAGUAACCAGGGCAUGUCAUACUGCAAGGCAAUUGCGUUUCUGGCGAGGUGUCCGCGCCAUGCAUUACUUUGAAGUAGCAAGAGGCAACUGGAGUGCUGAAGCGGAAUCUCGUGUGCGGGCAGCUCUCGAUUACUGUAAAGCAAAAAGAAUUUUACGAGCAGGUGAUCCAUAUGUGAUCGUGACUGGUUCACGUCGAGGCGUUGGGUACUGCGAUUCUGUUAGACUUUUGUAUGCUAGUGCCCGCGAUACUGUCCUUCUAGAGUAA